AUGGCAAAUUCAACGCGACAAUGUUAUUUUCCUAGUGGUAAUCCAUCGAGUGACGUCCCUUGCUCCUCCGAUGAAGCAACUGGAUGUUGCACCUCCGGGGAUAUAUGCAUGUCCAACGGACUCUGUUUGAACGUUGCCCAUCAACCUUACGUGGCGGGUCGAGGGAGUUGCACAGACAAAGAAUGGGGCGAUGGAUGUCCGCAGUAUUGCAAGGAUAUGAAUCGGGACGGAGGUUGCUCCAUAAUUAAUCUCACCUACGAGAACGGUAUAGCGACAUAUUGCUGCGGCACUCCUAUCACAAAUGGGACGGACGUCAUCUGUCCAGAAGGAAUGGACAGCUUCCAGAUUCCAACUGGGCACGCGUUAACCGGUGUGGCUCUCUUGAGCAAUGUUUCCUCGUCGUCAGCUACAACGGAACCUUCUUCCACGGAUACGCCGACUCGAUCUUGUCAUGACACUGCGAUUGGAGCUGGAGUGGGAGUUCCCCUGGGAGUCAUCGCGCUGAUGGCACUGGCUUUGGCGAUCUUUGAACGAAGAGCAAGACGAGCAAUGCGGACACAAGUACCCCCAGCCACAGUAAUAUCAGACGACAAGGGCGGCCCCUAUAUGCGCAGUCGUCAUGAACCGCCUUCAGAGCUACCGCAUACACGCGAUGUAGCUGAACUCAUGGAUAGAAAUGAAUAA